ACUCAGCUGUGCCAUUUCGUAGGUUGGUUUGGUCCUUGUACGGUCGGCUCAGUCCUUCGCAUUGUCCUGUUGAAAUCGAAUCGCGCCCUCUCAUUAGCAUACGUUCGAUAGUGCGCUCUCAAAACGUUGUCAUCGCGUCGCGUUUAGUGGAGUGUGCGAAGAACCGACCUUAUGCGUCGGUGCAUUGCUGUGACGACAUUGGAUAAACAGAUCUCUAACUGCUGGAGUUUGCAAACACAUACUGUAUGUAUUGCCUCCUUCAGCAACCAUAGACCCAGUUUUCUCCGUGCCACCACUCGCAAAUCUGCUCCGCAAAGCAGCAAGAAGGCUUGUGUGUUCCGCUCGGGACAUAGGGCCUCGCUUCUCGCCGCCCGUCACACCUGUUGCUUCAUUACCCACGAGGCCAGCCGAGUUAGGUCCAUCCCCGCGUCGCCUAUUAGUAAUAUUCUCGCGGUGCGACCACCAUGGAGAUGAACGCGAUGAUGCCGCUGGUGUGCGGGUCCAUCUUCCUCUUCUCGACGCUCGUGUCGUGCGUCGGAACGAUGAUCAGCGCAGGGGUGUUCGAGGAGUGCGCGCUGCCCUCGGUCAACCUGAACGCCGCGAAGCACUUCAACCCCGCGCGACUCAGCAUACUGUGCCCGCCCGUUAUGGAGGAGAUGUCGAAGCUCGCCUACCAUUGACCGACGGGCAUGGCGGCGACCUCAGCGCGAAACGGCAGGAUGGCCGUUAAGGUCGCCCUGUCAUUGACCAGCUUCCACUGCCAGUGAUAGUGUUUUCCCUGACUUUCCAAGCGCAGCGACACCAUUUUCCAUUGACGCGGAUUAUUCGCGUGCGUAACCGCGGACCGGGAACUUGUGUUUCAAAGUGAGGCGCGCAUUCGCCUGAGCCGUGGUCAUGCUCACAAGGGGACGUCGCGUGGGAGAGAACGGAACGAAGAUCGCACCAACGCGAGGCUAGUGAUUGAAAUACGCCGUGGCUCAUGAAACCCACGCGUGCAGGUCGUUGCUUGUGGUGCGACAUGAAUAGGGUGAUAUUCAGGCUGAGAAGUGUCCUCCUAUCCACCUCUAAUAUACUAACAAAAUGUGUUGCCCAAAUUCAG